ACAUACAUAUGACUCGGCUGUUGGAGAGCCAAGCUAAACAGAAUUACAGAAGGGAUCAACAGAGGCAAUAUGAGUUUCCGUGUGUCGCUACUCACUUUCCUCCUGUUCGCUGUGUUUGGAGGUAUGCGCCCAAAUUUGGCAACAACGGACGGCCGCAGUGCUACAGUGCCCAGUGCUGGUUCUGCUAUCAUUGCAUACUGGCAAAAAAUGCUACCUGACUCUACCAUGCCAUCAGCUAUACGUGACCUUUUGACCCCCAAUAAUAAUGCUGAUGCAAACAAAGACAACCCUUACCCGAUACCGGCGUCAGCCUUUUAUGGGAAAGAAGCAAACAGCCUAAACCCAACAAUCUUCUAUGGGAAAGCAACAAAUGGGGACGACAACCCUUACCCGAUACCGGCCACAGCCUUUUAUGAGAAAGAAGCGAACAACCGAAACCCAACAAUCUUUGGGAAAGGAACAAAUGGGGACGACAACCCUUACCCGAUACCAGCCACAGCCUUUUAUGGGAAAGAAGCGAAUAACCUAAACCCAACAAUCUUCUACAGGAAAGAAAUAAAUCGGGACGACAACCCUUACGUGCCGGUCUUGGCUUUUCAUGGAAAAGAAGUGAAUAACCUGAACCCAGUGAACAACCUGCCGCUCUCGGCCUUUUGUGGGAAAGAAGUGAACAAUCUUCCGGUCUCAGCCUUUUCCGGAAAAGCAACAAUUGGGCCCGUCCAUGUGUCCAAAAUGAACAUUGCAGAUGAUGCUGACCAUCAUGUUCACGAACAUCGCCAUAUCGAUGGUGGCCAUGACCAUUUCGAUUCGAGGAACAUCGGCUUCCUCUUCCUAGAGGACGCCUUGACACCUGGAUCCAAGGUUGCCCCUUAUAUCGACCCGGCUAGCAGCCGAGGUGCUCCUUUGCUGCCUCGUGAUGUGGCCGAUUCCAUCCCGAUGUCCACAAAGAGCUUCACGGACAUCCUCAGAAUGUUUUCACCGGUAUCACGCGCCAUGGCGGAGAGCAUAUGGUACUCGCUAGAGCUGUGUGAGCACCCUCGCCCUAUCAAGGGCGAGAAGAGGGGGUGUGUGACAUCCAUCGAGUCCAUGGUCGAUUUCGCAGCGUCCAUGCUCGGGACAAGCGACCUCCGGGCCUUUUCAUCCCCAAGCGUCCCCGUCGAAGGCCGUAAUGCUUCCAAGGUUUACACCGUGCUGGCGGUGAGGGCGAUCACCAGCCCGGGAGACACCAUGACAUGCCAUGGCAUCCCGUUCCCAUACAAGGUUUUCCUGUGCCAUGCCCUGGUGCCAACCAAGGUGUACUCUGUGACGGUAGAGAGCGACGACGACGACGGCGUGGAGGAGAAAGAGAGGAUGGAAGAAGCGCUGGUCGUGUGCCACCUCAAUACGGCGGAGUUCGACCCCAUGAAGAUGCCGCCGCGUGUGAAACCUGGAGACGCCCCAGUCUGCCACUUCCUCAACAACGACGACGUCCUCUGGGCGCCCGCUGCAACUACACUUGGGACACAGCAAGGAGCAGCCGAGGACGUCGUCGUAGCUGCCCAGUAGAGGCAGCAGCUAAUUAAAGGAUGGUGCUUGCAUAUAUGCAUGCACACCGUACCGCCUACGCAAGUAUUGUUGUUACAUAUGUGUGAAAAUAAUACGGCUAGCUAUCGAUGCAUGCACGCACUCGCAGUGUGAUUGAGCUUGCUAGCUAGCUAAUGUGAUUGUGCGGGUGAAAUUUAUGUAUCGUAUAUGUAAAGAGCAGCUUGUUGCAUAUUACUAAUAAAUCUGUUUUAAAUUAUAAGACGUUA